AUGAACGUCAAGAUAGCUUUGCUGUUUUUUGUUGCAGUGGCAUUUUACGCCAAGGCCGAGCUCGAGACGGAGUAUCAUCCACAAGCCGUCCUACACUAUCUCGAGAUGGAAGAUAGGAAAAUGGCAGAGAAAGUUCGAAGCAUUGUCAAGGUAAAGGAGGACGGUCCCAAACUCAGCAGCUCACCAAAACUUCCAGGUGGCCUCCCUAACGGAAUUCCACCCAAAAUCGUGAGUAUCAGGGCAUAAAAAUGCUUUUUGUGGAUAAGAGUUUAUAGCCUUACAACCAGAAAAAUCUGAAUAACAAACAAAAACAAAAACAUUGAGUAAAAUAUGGCAACAAAUGACUGAAAUGCGAAAUAGUUUAGAGAAUUUUCCGUAUGUGUUUCUGCCAUAUAUAUAUAUAGCUUUUAACUAUAGCGUUUUCCAUCUGAGGGCAUGAUUACCACCAUUACAUACAAUGCAAGCUGUUUAUGAUAGAUUGAAAUAAUUAGAUGAGAGUUUGUCGGCAAAAUAAAAAUAUAUUGAUACGAUCUUGAAUCAGAUAAAUUCUUAGUUUUUUGUUCAGUCUAUUUUGUAGGUUUCAGAAAUUAUAGCUACACAAAACUCAUUUACAUUCACCGCAGAAUCACAGUGUAGAGUUCUGACCUGUAGCUUGACGAUUUCACUCUCAGACUUACUUGAGAAGAAACCAAAGUUAAGAAUAGAUUAUAGUCUACUUUUUAAGGAGAAUAAGGAGGAGGAGCCUGGUGGCGAAGUUUAGGCAGCCAAGGUCUUAUUCACUUAUUCAUUUAUUUAUUCCAUUAUUUGCCUAUUUUUCGUUCCUGUCGCUGGGGAAUUUGCUUUAGCAUUUUUUGCUGGCGAAAAAAGAAACACAAAGGAUUUAAUGAAUUCAGCCAUUUAUUUAAUGCAGCACAUAAAGCUGGAAAAUCGUGGAAACACACAGGAAAAAACUCAUUGCAGUACGGCAAACAUAAAUGUGCAAGCGGCACUGCGCAUGCACCACACCAGGAGAAAAAUAAAACGGUCAGGAGGAGCGAGCGCACAGGUCUUGCACCUCGGUUUUUAGACUUGAGAAUUUUCAUCUUAAAUUCAAAAAUUCUCAAGUUUUUGUUUGUUUGUCUUUUUUUAGAAACUUUGCAUCGUUGGAGCAGUGAUAUGCCAUAAAAGAGCAAAUGAGGACGCUUGUGCACAUCUAGCGUGCAUCAAGAAAACGGGAGAAUGCCUGAAAAAAGCGGGUGUAAAAGUUUGCCAAAUGCCUCCAGCUAAAGUAAGUGUUGAUAAAACGUUUGCGAAUAGACCUAACUGUAUGCAAGACGUUUAAAAAAUCUCAGGCAGUAGGGCGGGUUGGUUGUUACAGUGACAGCCAAAGCUCUGUGGGAUGAGCGAACACUCAGUCUCGUGAAUUGUCUACUUGCAGCCACCGUGUAAAUUAAACGUACAAGCGACUUUUUUUAAUUCUAAGCUUACUGUUUCCCGUGGUUGCAGUAGUCUAGCAUUUUGGUAUUUCUGUACUCCAAACUAUCUCUACUACAUAACAGCUGAGCCCGUAAGAAUUGGUUUAGCAAAGUCUUAAGCCGGAAAAGGAAAGGAUCGUGACUUAUUACCAAACACGCCAUGGAUCGGCGUGGAGCUCUCAAAAGUCAUAUGGAGAAGUUGGAAGUUAUCUUCCAGCUUUCUUUUUUCUAUUCUCUUUGUUUGAAGGCGUCCGAGGCUAGUCAGAAGACGAGGAAGUUCGCAAACCAGUAUAGCUUGCAUUACCUAAGUUUAAUCUCACCCUGUUGACAAUUAUGCUAUCCAUUUGUGUUUUGUCCUAUUCAAGAAAAAAUGUCUACCAGUCAUCCCGUGCUGCAUGCUGGGAAGCAAGACCUGCGAGGAGAAGCUGUGCUGUUUUGUGAGGUUCCAUGAAUGCACCAAAAGACUUGGCGACGAAAAAGACAAAAAGUAA